AUGCUGUCGCUGUCAUGGGCUUCAACCCGCCCUCUCUGGCGCCAAACACCAAGGUGGGGGGUAGGUAUUGGAGGUGAGUUUCGACUCGACUCUAAAGUCGUUGUCAUGGGCUUCAAUCCACCAUCCUUGGCCAAACACCAAGACACCUCCCUUUCCGCCCAUCUCAUCUCCCCCUCUCCCUCUGUCACACACCCUCACUCCCUCCUCAACCAGGGUGCUCCAGGCGUCACCUUCCCCUCCGUCCUUCAAGAGCUAAGGGCUCGCAUUGAUGCUGCUGAAGCAGACACCACCACGCUCUCCUCCCAUAAUUCCCUCUUCCCUGCUCCUCCCAUCUUCCGUCUCCCUUCCAUUCCCCAACCAGGGUGCUCCAGGCAGCUAAGGGCUCGCAUCGAUCCUGCUGAAGCAUGCACCGCCUCUUAUUGUCUUCCCCACUCCUUCCUCCUAUCCCCCGCCCUUUCAUUCCCCAACCAGGGUGCUCCACGCGUGACCUUCCCCUCCGUCCUUCAAGAGCUAAGGGCUCGCAUCGAUGCUGCUGAAGCAGAGGGGGAUGUGCCAAGGCACUUUAUCCUCUCGCCUGCUGUCGGCCCGGAGACCAUCACAGGGUCCACGAGGCUCAAGGGCGGCACUGCCACCAAGGUCCUCCUGGAAACCAUCUUCAGCCGGGCCAUUGCCCGAGUGCUGCGCCUGCCUGCUCUAGGAAGCUACGCGGGAGUGCCCCUGCUACUCAUCAACCCUCCCCCGGAGCUCACUCCCCAAGACACCACGGCGGUUCGGCGGGCGGCUCGGGUAGCCUGGGGCCGAACCGAGGCUGCCCCGGCGGCUCGGUACGACGAUGUGAUGGCGGCUUACGAAGGGGCGAUGAGGGGAGUCUACCAGCAGUUACCCGGCAUUGUGGCCCUCACUCGUCUCUUCCAUCGCUCCAUUAGCACUGGCGGCCGGGUCAUGUACAUUGGGGAUGACUCUCUAGGCCUGGUGGGCCUCAUAGACGCCUCAGAGCAGGUGCCCACCUUUGGAGCGCGCCCAGGCUCCUUUCAAGGCUUCCUCACCUCCACGUGGCACCGCCUGAUUCGUCCGUUGAAUCAGCACACAGUCGAUCCCUUGGAGCCACUCAAGGCCAUCAGCACAGACCACUUUCUGCACGAGAUCCUCCCCACCACACGUGCCAACGACACGGUUCUCCUGUUAGAGUCACACGUGCUACAGCAACAGCAGUUCCCUCUCCCGCUCCUCACCGCCCUCCACGCACGAGCCAAGCAGGGGCUUCUGUCCCUCGCUUUGCUAAGUGUCGGUGUGGCUCCUCACGACCGUCUCUUAAUGGUGUAUGAUGAUGAGGAUGGGAUGGAAGAGGGGAAGGAAAGGGAGGACGAGAGUGAAGGGGAAGAGAGUGAGCUGGGAGAGAGUGAGGAGGAGGGGGAGGAGGGAUGGGAUGAGGAUGAGGAGGGAGAGGAGGAGGGGGGUGGUGAUCAAGUGGAGGGCAGGGCAGAAGGGCAAGGGGCGGAAGGGAAGGAGGGAGGGAAGGAGGACGAAGAGGAGGAAAGGGAGGAGGGAGCGGAGGAGGAAAGAGGAGGAGGGGAGGAGGACGAAGAGGGAGGGGGAGGGAGGAGGAGGACGAAGAGGAGGAAGGUGGAAGCAGUGAUUCGGGGGUGCUGGUGGGGAGGGAAUCAAGAGAGGAUGAGAGAGAGGGUGCAUCUGGGGGGGAUGAUGGGGAGGGGGACGAGGAGGGGAGUGAGGAGGGGAGUGAGGAGGGGAGUGAGUGGGAGUCAGUGGAGGGGGACGAAACAGAGCAUCUGCUUCACAGUAGUGCCACAGGACAAGCUUCUGAGUCGACUCAGAAGCCUCCCGGUGAUGCAGCAGCACAACCAGCAGCAGCAGUAG